UAGACGAUACAUUACCAACUUGUGGAGGUGAGGGCGCGGAAGGAGACUUUUAGGGAGGAACAGGAACAGCCACGACCACGAUGAGUCCUUGGCAGUGCAUGCCGUCGACUGCAACACUACUACACGUCCAUCAGGUAACAGAUGCAACAAGGCGUCUGCCGCCCAUCAGGUUCAGUCACCUAAAUGCUCCAAAUCCAAGACCACGUCCAGCUAGGUUGCGCCAUGGGUGCCACAAAGGGUGAAAAACUAAAAACACUCGGUCAUGAUUUACUUGUUCCUGCCACUCCUCAACACAAGGAUAAACAAAGUGGCAUGCCCGAAAUGAUUGAGGCCAUCCGAGUAGCCCUUCGUUCAAUGGGAGACGGUGAGAUUAGCAUUUCAGCAUAUGACACGGCAUGGGUUGCACUUGUAAGGAGUUUGAAUAAUAAUGGAGAUGAUGGACCAGAGUUCCCAUCUUGCAUUGAUUGGAUUGCUCAAAACCAGCUUCCCGAUGGAUCAUGGGGUCAUGACAUCUUCUUCCUAGCCCAAGAUCGGAUCAUCAACACCCUAGCCUGCGUCAUCGCAUUGAAAUCAUGGAAAAUCCACGAUGAUGCGUGCACAAAAGGUCUAUCAUUCAUCACUGAAAAUAUGUGGAGGUUGACCAGGGAUGAUGAGAAUUGGGCACUAUCAGGCUUCGAGAUUAUAUUCCCUAUGUUGCUAGAGAAGGCCAAACACCUAGGCAUCGACAUACCUUUGGAUGAUCCCAUGUUGGAAGCUAUACGAGCCAAAAGAGAACUCAAGUUAAACAAGAUCCCAAGAGAAGCACUUCAUGCUGAACCAACAACUUUCCUUCUAAGCAUAGAAGGGAUGCCAGGUUUGGACUGGAAAAGGCUACGUAAGCUCCAGUGUCCAGAUGGCUCCUACAUGUCUUCGCCUGCUCCCACAGCUUAUGCUCUAAUGCAGACUGGGGAUGCCAAGUGUUUUGAGUUCCUUGAUAAACUGAUCGACAAGUUUAACGGAGGAGUACCUUUUGUUUACCCAAUGGAGAUGUUUGGGCGCUUAUGGGCUGUGGACCGGUUGGAGAGGCUGGGCAUAUCAGGUUAUUUCAAGAGCGAAAUUGAGGACUACUUAGAUUAUGUUUACAGGCACUGGAGUGAGGAAGGGUUGGCCUAUACGAAGGGCUGCCUGGUGAAGGACAUCGAUGACACGGCCAUGGGUUUCCGCCUCCUACGACUGCACGGCUACGACCAUGUCUCUCCUUGUGUUUUCAAGCGGUUCGAGAAUGGCGACGGGCAGUUCGUGUGCUACGCAAGGCAAUCGAGCCAGUCGGUAAGCGCCAUGUACAACCUGUACCGAGCUGCUGACCAGGCCUCGUUCCCCGGUGACGACGACGACCAUGUCCUCCGGCGCGCCAGGAGCUACAGCCGUGCGUUCCUCCGGCAGAGACGAGCCUCAGGCCAGCUUAACGACAAGUGGAUCAUCUCCGAGGGCUUGCCCGACGAGGUUGGCUAUGGUCUGGAUUUCCCUUGGGGAGCAAGCCUGCCACGUAUUGAGACGAGAAUGUAUCUUGAGCAAUACGGUGGAAGUCGUGACGUAUGGAUCGGCAAGGUUCUCUACAGAAUGAACAUGGUGAGCAACGACAUGUACCUCGAGGUGGCGAAAGUCGAUUUCAGCAACUUUCAGAGACUAUGCCGACUAGAGUGGCACGACCUCAAAAGGUGGUGUGACAAGAGCGACCUUGAAACGUACGGCGUGGCUCCGGGCGGCGCGCUGAGAGCCUACUUCCUGGCGGCAGCCUGCAUCUUCGAGCCGGGCCAAGCAGCAGAGCGCCUGGCUUGGGCACGCGCCGCGGUGCUCGCCAAGGCCAUCUCGUGCUGCUUGUUGAGCAACAACGACACAUGCGCUUGUAAUAAGACGACGGCCGAAUGGCUCGUCCGGGAAUUCACCAAUGGUGACAAUGUUGCUGGCUACUACUACGACUACAACCCAGCAAGGAGAGACGACGACGAGCCGAAUUCACCAGCAUGGGGGGCCAGCAGCCUCGCCGGUGUUCUUCGUGAGCUCGUCCACUUGCAGGCGUCCGGGAAUGCUGCUGUCGCCGAAUGUCUUCGUGGAGCUUGGAUGGAAUGGCUCAUGGCAUGGACUGAAAAGGAGACGGAAGAAGCGUCACACGCAGGAGAUACAGCGCUGCUGCUAGCUCGCACAGUCGAGAUAUGCUCAGGAAGGCUCCGUGGUACGGAACAGGAUCUCGAGCUACGUCUGCCGGAUUACUCCAAGCUCCAGCAGCUCACUAGAUGCAUAUGCUCCAGACUAGCCACUGAAGCUCCUGCUCUGAUCGAAUCAAACGUCCUCAAACAGAAUGGAGAAACCAUGGACAAGGUUGAUGCCCUGGACAGGAUGGUUGGACUCGAGAUGAGAGAACUGGCUCAAUGUGUUUUCCGCAGCGGCGGCAGCUCCGUGGACAGAGAGACGAGGCAGACGUUUCUCCACGUGACCAAGAGUUACUACUACGUUGCACUCUGCUCGCCGGAAACACUUGAGCAUCACAUCUCCAAAGUCUUGUUUGAGGAUGUCGUCUAGCAACGAUGUUUAUAUUAGAGCUCAAAUUCCAGUGUAUCCUUGUGCAUGCACCGUGAAGGUGUCAUAUGAUGAUGUUGUGCCUAGCUUUUCUCUUACGAUAUGUAAUCAAUUUAUAUUGAUUGGUGAUGCUUCAGUAAUUAAUCUGGGGUUUGUCAGAUUUACUUGUGUACGAUACAUACUGACAGGAAAAUGGGGAAAUUUGUGGGCAAAAAUAUUGUUAGAUACGCGAGAAAUUGUUCGCAUCGGGUUGGCCAUAGAUGGCUUUAUGCCUUUCAAUGAAAACGCUACACUGUAAACCUUC